AUGGCAACAUCGUCUGCGCCCAAUAUUGUGACACCUGGCGAUGGGAUCGCAAAUAGUGGUAGGGGUGGUCCAGGAUUUUCCUCUUUUCAUUUGCCUAACACUGUGUCAGGCUUCGGGUUUCUCCAAUUCAAACCAAAGGAAGUCCGCACGAGCUCAAACACGGUGCUAUGGAGUUGCGAUGGUCGCCGACUCAUCUCAUGCGGGCAUGAAAGAGGAAUAAGGGUGUGGACUCCUUCCAAUCGUUACCCUAAUGCCGCCCAGUUCGAAGAACGCAGCACUACAUCGUUGACAGGCAGUUUAACCAAUGCAGUGAACUGUGCAGCAACCCAUCCUACCAACCCCGACCUCAUCUGUGGUGGAAGCAGACUAGAUAAGAAACUCGUUUUUUGGGACCAGAGAAGGAAGUCCGAUUAUCGUGUGGUGGAGCUGACUCAAUCAGUUGACCAAAUUCAAUACUCUCCUGACGGAAUUCAUAUUCUGGCUCGCCAUCGCGCGGAAGGCGAAAACCCAGAUACAAUUUCUUUAUACGAUGUGGGGGGAAGCAGCGAUAGUUUGAGUGCCCAGAUAGAUCAAGCCACCUUCAAUCACACUGGGGAGCUGAUUUAUCUCGCCGGAGGGUCUGGAAGCAUCUCGAUCCUGGAUUACCCGUCCUUGGAGUAUCUGGAUCGUGUUAUGGGUCACACGAAGUCGUGUCUCUCAAUCGGGGUGGAUACUCGUGGUCGAUACAUUGCUUCAGGCGGGAGUGACGCUCUUGUCAACAUAUGGGACAUUCAAGACUGGAUUUGUGUCCGCACCAUAUCGAAUGCAGAAUCUCCGGUCGUUGCCACAGCAUUCUCAUGUGAUGGAGAAUUUAUUGCUAGUUCUUCGGAGAGCAACUACAUUGACAUCACUGAAUCUGAGACGGGGCUGCACAACACCAGGGUCCCUCAACGAGUCAAGGCCACAUCCUUGGCUUGGCACCCUAUACAGCAGCAGAUUCUGGCCUCUGCUGGGGGAGACAGAAAAGGGGAAUCAUGGAUCAGCUUGUUAGGUCAAUCAUAA